UCCUACCCCAUUACUGGUGGCUUGCCAUCAGGUAUCUGUGGGGGUUGGAGGUUGUUGUGGGCAUGAAGCCCCGUGACAGGAGAUGGGCUGUGCCGUGAACUCCACCUCGGGGCACAGAGCUCUGGGGACAGAGCCCAGGGGACUUGUCUGGAGGGUACCAGCAAGGCUGGGAGCUGCUUUGUGUUCAAAGCAGCUGGAAAAAAACAUUGACAGCAGUUUCUGCUGGCAACAGGACUGACCUCACCCUCCCAAGGGACUGCUGGGCUCCAAGGGGUCUGGCCCAGCUCAACAAGGAUAUUUUUGCCAACCAAUUCCCCAUGGAUGUAGCUCUGUCCUAACCUUGAGCUUGCACCUCAGGGAGGCAUCACUCCUCACACUUAGGGCAGUUUAAUUAGCAGUGAGCCCUCUGUCCCUGCUUAAACCUUCUGGAACUGGCCAAGAAAUGGCAGGGAGGGCACGGGAUGACCAGCUGGGUAGAUAACAUGGCUGAGUCUUGUUUUCCCAGAGCAGACCUAUGAGGAGAGCCAAGAUGCUGUGAUUUGGAGCAUUGUGCUUUCCAGGAAGACUUCUCUGGGCACUGUGGGUACAAAGGGAUGCUCAGAGGGCCAAAACCUGCUCCCAGCCCUGAUGCUUUUGGCCUGGGAACUGCAGCACUCACAGCUGAUUCUGGGUGAGAUUGGAGCUCAGCGGCUUUCCCGGCCACUGCCGUGACACAGUCCAGCGUUUGUAAACAGCCCCGAGGUUCCUCAGCAAGGUGUCAUGGGAGGAAAUGGCUGGAUGCCGGGGAGUGCAGCGUCCUGACCUGCCCCUCACCCUUCUCAGUGACUAACCCGCUCCCAAUUUCCGCUCAGGAAGGCAUGAGUCGUGUUGGGAGGAUGUGAGAGCAGCUGUCCCAUUGCUCCUAGCAGGUGCCAUGGGACGAUGAGGCUGCUUUGGGCUCUGUCCUCACUGUGCUACAUCCGUCCAAGGCCCUGUGCCCCUGUGCCGCAGGGAUCCCCCUUCAUCCUGCCAGCCUGGGCUUUAAAUAGGAGUGGAAUGCCCAUCCAGGCUCUGCUGGCCUCACUCGUGCUGUGGGGAAAGGGGCUGAGAGCAGCUUCAUCAUCAGGGCUGGCAAUGGGUGCAGGAAGGGCUGGGGAAGGGCAGCGCACGGUGGGGAUGCCAGGGGCUGGGGGCUGCAGCCAGGUUUGCCUCAGGUGGGGAAUGGACUGGCACAGGCUCAGCCUCAGUGGUGGCAGGGGAGACAAAGACAGGACUUUUCCAUCUCAAUUCUGGUCUGUGGGGACUUCCCAGAAGACUGACCUGAUGCUGUACUACCCUUGGAUGCCCACUCCAUGCCAUGACCACCGUGGUGGCCACCACCAGCCCCAGGCAGGUCCCUUUGCCCUCCGCAGCCACAGGCUGAUUCAAGCCGGUCCCACACGGACACCACUUGUUUGCCUCCAGUUGUGAUGUCUAACGCAGAAGUGGGAUCACUUCCUUCCCCGUGCUGAUAACCAGUCGUUUGGGGCUAUCUUAAUUAUGAGAGCCUUAACGAGGCCCCUCGACCCCAAGGGCAGCCUGAAGGGUGCUCAGCAGUUCCCAGGGCAGGCAACUGCGGGUCAGGUUUGUCCUGAUGGGCUCCAUUCCUGCCCGCAGUGCACUGCUCAGGACAGGUACGUGGGAGGGAAGUGCUGGGAUGCGAUGUGGGGAUGUGGCACGGAGCCAGGGUGAUGGGGGGACAGCCUAUGGAGAAUCCCCCCACUUCCCCCCUCACCGCAAAAGGGACUGGCCCAUGGAGCAGAGCAUCCUGUCCAGCCACGACCACCAGUCUCCCUUCAACAGCAAACUCCAGUUCCUAUCCCAGGAGGAGCUCUGGGGUAUCCCAGACUCCACAGACAUCAUUUGUGGAGAAGGUUUGUAUAUUUGAAGCACCGUGUCCUGGGUUCGCUGGGCAAGGUGAUGUGUGCCCUGAGUUUGGGGAAACUGAGGCAGAAACAGCAGAAAAGGUUUGUCUUGAGCUGUGCAAGAAGCCAAGGGUUAAAUACACCAAUAACCUCCCUCAGCUGUCUCCAGCUCUGGGCUCCUCCCGCUCCUGCCCCCAGCUGCCGGAGGAGCAGAUCUGCACUGGGAGUUAUCCUGGGGGGAGAAAAGCACAGAGCCUGGGGUCUUCCCACGCCUUCCAUAACCCUCCGUGCCCCCGGGGGCUGCAGCAGAGACCUGGGGCUCUCGGUGCCAGGGCAGGCCCGGAUUUCGGGGUCCCACUGCCACACGGCAGCCCCGGAGGAGGCGUGCAGAGGACGUGCCUCUGUUGCAAGAUGAGCUGCAGCGUUUCCCUUCGAGGCACACAGCUCCUCCACAUGCCUGCCCGCUCUGCCGCGUCUGCCGGCAGCCACCCGGGGACGGGAACGGGAGGGGGAUGCGCUCCUCCCAAAUCCAUCUCUUUUAGCAUCGCUCCCACUGCUGAAGGUACAUGUCUCAAGGUGGAGCCAGAAAUAGCGCGGCUGGCGCUGCAUCGGGGCUGGCAGGGCUGCGAGCUUGGCAGGGGGACAGGCACCGACUGCAGCAGUGGGAACUUUCCAGGCAGCUCCUGCGGGAGCGGCCGGUGCGGAGAUGGAGCCGUUUCCAUGCAGACCCAGCCCCCGGACUGCGGAUCAGCCCCUCUCAGCCCAGUGAGGCUGGGGCUGAACAGGGGGCCAGCACAGAGCAGGAGGGGACAGAGAUAACAGAGAUAUCUCCUGGAGAAGAGUGACUGCGAACACAUCGCACCUGAGCUAGGACACAGGUCUGGGCUCUGACAAUGAUUUGCUGCAGGACUCGGGAAAGUGGCUGCACCUUCUACCUGCACCUUCUACCUGCCUCCCUGACCCAGGGCUGGCAGAUUUGCCCCAAAAUCCAGCUUCUCUCAGGGCCCAGGGAGGAAUGUCAGCCUACACGGAGCUCAGUUUUUUUUGUGGCAACUCCUAAAUCACAGCCAGGCUCUGCAGCUUGCUGGGGGCUGCUCCCCAUCGCUGACCCUCCACUGAGCUCUCGGCAGCUGCUGGCACAGCCCGGGACCACAGGGUUCACCGGGAGGCCCUGAACAAUGCCGACGAGCUGAGCUCAUUCCUCCCAGCUGAUAAUUUGCUUAAAAAUAUUUCUGAGCUCAGGCCUCCUCAGGGAAAACACUCCCAAACGCCAGGCAGAAAGCUGCUGAGUCUGGAGGAACCACACACCCACCACUCGCGCCGAGACGUCCCCCCGAUGACAAGCCCUGGCGUCAGAGGGACUGGGGCCAAAGUUUGCCGUUUGAUCUCCCCCUUCGCUGGGGGAAGCCGAAUUUCAGGCCGUCCAGGGGUUUUACCACUUCCCGGUAGCGGUUUCCUGCCGUGAUGUGAGCGCAGGAAUUUUUGGGAGAUGUUAUAUAUAAGCACGCUCUUAGUGCAUGGAAAGGUCAGCCCAGCGCUCUGCCCGAUGGGCUGGAGCUGAACUUUCCUGUUUAACUAAGCCACGGAGUGCCUGUACCCGUGAGGAUCCCGGAGCGGAGAGCGGA